GGGCCUUGUACCCUGAGGGGAGUCCGGGGGAGCGUCUGGAAAGAGGGGCGCAGCGAGCCCCCGGAGCGCCCCCCCGCCUCUCUGAGCUUGUCUUGUUUGGUGGGGGGAGCCGAGCCCUGGGGGCGUCGGAACCCGAGGCAGAGAGGAGUCAAGUCAGGGCUGAGUGGGUGGAGGCGAACGAGGGCUGAGAUAUGGUUACUUCUCACCAAGCAGGGCACCUGCCCCUGCCCAGAGCUGAUGCCAUUCGUUCGCGGCUCAUCGAUACUUUCUCUCUAAUCGAACAUUUGCAAGGCUUGAGUCAAGCUGUGCCUCGCCACACUCUUCGAGAAGUACUUGAUCCUGCCCGUCAAAAGAGUCUUAUGUUGGGAGAUCAACACCAGCUUGUACGCUUCUCUAUAAAGCCUCGGCGUAUAGGACGAAUUUCACAUGCCCAGAGAAUGUUGACCAGGUUUCAUGUGCGGUGUGGUCAGAGGCCGCCCUUUUCCUUGUGGGCCGGAUGGAUUCUUGAAAGUACUUUCUUCACAAAUUUCAUGAUUUUCAUUAUCUUUUUUAACACAAUUGUACUGAUGAUUGAAAUAGAAUUAUUGGAAUCUGCAAAUAUCAAACUGUGGCCAUUGAAGCUGACUUUGGAGGUGGCAUCUUGGUUUAUCUUGUUUAUUUUCAUCGUGGAGAUCUUUCUUACAUGGCUAUCCAGCUUUUCCCUCUUCUGGAAAAAUGGCUGGAAUGUCUUUGACUUUUUUGUUACCAUGUUGUCCUUGCUUCCUGAAAUUGUGGUGCUGGCGGGGGUCUCAGGCCAGUCUGUGUGGCUCCAGUUGUUGAGGAUCUUCCGGGUGUUGAGAUCUCUCAAACUCUUUUCACGAUUUUGUCAAAUCCGAGUUAUUAUUUUGGCUCUGGUCAGGGCCCUUAAGAGCAUGACCUUCCUCUUGAUGUUGAUGCUCAUCUUCUUCUACAUUUUUGCUGUGACUGGCAUCUAUUUCUUCGAAGAGUACAGCCGUUCGACUCGUGAGGACCUGGAGUACAACAUGUUCUUCUCGGACCUACCAAAUUCCUUAGUGACAGUGUUCAUUCUCUUCACCUUGGAUCACUGGUACGCAGUGCUUCAGGAUAUCUGGAAGGUUCCUGAAUCCAGCCGUCUCAUCAGCAGCAUUUAUGUCAUCCUUUGGCUGUUGCUUGGCUCCAUUAUAUUUCGAAAUAUCAUAGUGGCCAUGAUGGUUACUAACUUUCAGAAUAUCAGGAAUGAGCUGAAUGAGGAGAUGACUCACCUGGAGGUUCAGCAUAAAGCUGACGUAUUCAAGCGGCAAAUUAUACAGAGGAGACAAAGGGCACCCUCAAAAUCACACAGAUCAAGCAAAGCGGAUGGCAGAAAAAGUAGUCAACAAAAGACAUCAGAGGAUGAAUCAGAAUCUUCUUCAGAAGAGUCUAAACUCAGUCCUGCUGAAGAGGAUGUUGAAGACUCUGCAUCAAAAACAAAACGGAAAGAAAAAGUACACGCAUCUUCCUCUUCUAUCCAUUCUGCACAAUCCGACCAUCUACCCUCUUCAAAAUCCAAAUAUGCUGAUCGUAUUGGCGAGAAGAAAGAUGACUUGGACUGGGAGACUCUUGUACAUGAGAAUCUGCAUGGGCUAAUGGAUAUGGAUCAGGAUGAUCGUGUUGUUUGGCCGAGAGAUUCUCUCUUCCGAUAUUUUGAGUUGCUGGAAAUGCUUCAGUAUAACCUAGAGGAGCGCAAGAAGUUGCAAGGUUUUGCAGUGCAGGCACUAAUGAACUUUGAAGACAAGUAGAGCAUACAUGGAUGGCUUCCAAAUCUCUGAGCCCAGCAUAAGAUUAUGAAAGGAAUUGUUGGAAUUCACAACAUAAAAGGCUAAUAAAUAUGCUAACAAAUUCUACUGGUAAGUUAACUGUAUCACUGAGACAUAGAAGAUACCAUAAGUUAUAA